GGUUGUGCAGGAUGGUCACCUUUAUCGACCACUGUUGCGAGCUGCGUUCGAGGGCGAUUGGGCUUUUGCUUCUAAAUUCUUCGAGCAAAAUUCACCCUCAAAGACAGCUAUAAUUACUAGUGAAUCCCGGACUGCACUUCAUAUAGCGGCUAUGAGUGCCCAAGAUCGGUUUGUUGAGAAGCUGGUCGAUCUCUUGUCCCCGGAAGAACUUGAAGUGCCUGAUGGCACAAGGUGCACUGCCAUCCAUUAUGCCGCCAUGGGUGGAAGAAUAAGGAUGGUUAAGGCAUUAGUCGGAAGAAAUCCUAAGUUGACAAAUAUACUAGACGGUGACCAUUUCGUUCCUCUACGACGAUCUGCUGAAUAUGGUGCUCUGUCUAAGGAGGUCUUUUGGUUCCUGGCCAUGAAUACAAAAGAUGACAGUCCACGCCGCAUUUUCCCUGAAGAUCAAGCGUUUGGUACAAUCUAUUAUCUUGCCUAUGCCGGUCAUUUCGAUGUCUCUCUCUAUCUGCUGCACCAAUAUCCUCACUUAGCCAAGGAGAAGAUUGGGCCCAUCAAAGCGAAGGGAUCCCUAUUGAGAGCAUUGUCUCUUAGGCCACUUCACUUUCUCAGCGGGGCCAGGCUCAACCUAUGGGAAAGAUUGCUAUACAAAUGUGUUCCGGUGAACUUGAAGUCCAUACCAAAUGAAUGUCCAUGGAUCUCGAGGACACCAACUACGAUGGCUCAAGCACUUCAGAUUUUCAGAAAGUUAUUCGUGAUUGAAGCAGUUGGAGCUUUUAAGAAGUUUCUCUGGACUGCUGCCAAAAUUGUGGCUCCACCGGUCCAAAGGAUUCGCGACGCAAAGCUGAGACAUGAGGGGGCUGUUGAGUUAGUAAAACGAGUUUGCGCCCAGAUUUCUGAUAUGGAAACAGCUGAGAUCCUCAAAUUUUUCGAAGAAGACCUCAUCAUCAAUUGGGCCACAACCAAGGGAAUCGUUGAAAUACUGGAGGUGUGCCUGGAGUCUUACCCGGAGUUAAUUUGGACUACUUAUAAGGGUAAAAGUUGGCUGACGGUUGCUGUGGAGUAUCGCCAAGAGGAGGUCUGUGGACUCUUUUUGGCGGCGAACUCGAGUGAUAAUCUGUCCAUCAUCCCCACCACACCCGAAAAUGCUGAGUCACUGGCCAUGUUGAACGCGGCAGCACGGAAUUCACCUAAUUUUGGCUAUUUGAGCAACGUCCCCGGUGCAGCUAUUCAGAUGCAGAGGGAACUUCAAUGGUUCAAGGCUGUGGAAGGGUGGGUCCAUCCUUAUUAUAGGGUAGCGAAGAAAACUUUUCAAGAAGGAGAAACGGAAGUAUAUGAGGCAUACUGGCAUAUAUUCCUAGAUGAGCACAAAGAGUUGCUUAAGAAUGGAGAAAAAUGGAUGAAGAGUACAUCAAGUUCAUUCUUGCUCAUCUCAACUCUAAUAGCCGUGGCUCUGUUUGUUGCUGCUUUGAUUGUCUCGGGAGGCAGAAACAAUACCGGGGUCCCGAUAUUGUUAGGAAAGAACUCUCUCCUGGUUUUUGCAGUUUCGGAUGCACUAGGCUUGUUCUUCUCCAUGGCAGCCGUCUUCUCAUUCUCGGCCAUCCUAACUUCAUCACACGAGCCGGAAGAUUUUCUCUACUCAUUGCCAAAGAAUAUGAUAAUCGGCCUGUCCUCUCUCUUUUUCUCUCUGGCUUCCAUGCUUGCAGCCUUCGCUGCCGCUCUUACCUUUGUGUUGGAUGAGAGACUCAAGUGGGCUUGGAUUCCAGUCACUGUGCUCAGUUGUCUUCCCGUGGCGUUGUUUGCGAUGCUGCAGCUUCCGUUGCUCUUUCAAAUGGUUAAAUCUACCUUCGGACCGAGCAUCUUCCGGCCCAGAAAGAUUUGGAAACGAUCUACAAAUUGCUGGACGAGGACAUUUCAUAAGAAAACUUCCUAAAUAAUUUGUGCUCAUUUCUGGUGGAUUUGGAGAUCAGUC